CUCUGGGUUCUUCCAUUCACUAAAUGUGCACAUCCAUUUCACAGAGCCGCUUCCAGAGCUUUCCGACUGUCCCGACUCCCGUACAAAAGUUAUUUGAGCUUUUUAUCCAAUUCUUGUAAUAAAAUCAAUGGUUUCUCUUGUCCAAUAACCUACCGCAACUCCGCGCAAGGAAACAGAGUAAUUAAGAGAUAACACAACCAUUGAAGGAUUUUUAUUAACCACUAUUUUGCGCGGACUUCAAUGAAAGAAUUUUAUUUUUAGGGUACAUACAGUGACUGCGACUCUUAACAGAAAGCCUCCUUCGCAUAUCAUCUCCUCGGCAAUUAAUUGAAAGUGUACAUUCCGAAACGUGGAAGGUGUUGAUUCAAUCCGGACAGCUUAUACUGCAUUCUGCAGGAAAAAUCAGACAAAUCAGGAAAUAAUCUUUCGUAUACUACCCUGUAAAAGAGAUAAAACCUACCUAAAAUAGCAUCGUAUCUUAUCCUUUCAUUGUAUACUUAAGGCUGGAUUUGAGAGGUUUGAUAUCAUAACCAGAGCACGGCUCGCCGUUCUUUGCAGGUAGAGUUUUUUGGGGUUUGAGAUGGGGAGAGAAAGAAUAAAACUGAAGAAAAUAGAGAAAGUAAGGGCGAGGCAUGUAACUUCCUCGAAGCGUAGGAAGGGUUUGAUAAAAAAGGCUAAGGAGGUUUCCGUUCUAUGUGACGCGGAUGUGGGGCUUAUCACUUUUUCUGCAACGGGAAGGCUCUUCGAGUACUCCACUUCCAGCAUGAAGAUGAUCUUGAAGAAAUAUUCUGAAACUUUUACUGGAAUUUUAAAUAUCGAGGCUGAUAUUGAAGAUUUAGGAAGGAUAAAAGAAGAAAUGCAAAACAACCACCGUACUUUAAGGCAUAUGGAUGGAGAGGACCUUCAAGAGCUAACCAUGCAAGAGUUACAAGAGAUGGAACAAAAGUUGGAAGUGGGACUACAUAGAAUUCGAUCAACAAAGACCAAAUUGAGGAGGAGAAUGCUUAUAGAUUUCACCUGGAGUUGAAACAGCGGUUCAAUUUGGACAAUAACACUGCAGUGGAACCCUUGUUGAUUGAGCCUGUGGAAACCCGUGAUCAUCCUCAGUCAUCUGAAAGUAGUACACAUAAUUCUUGUACUUCCACGAGACAACAUAAAAAGAGCAUUCAACACGAUGAGGCCUCAGACAGUUCCUUGCAAUUGGGGUUGUCCAUUUGAUACCUGGUUUGGUAUUAUCAACGCUUCUGAUUCGAUCAUAUCCCUUGUUGAUUAAAACUUGAAUAUAUUGACGGAUUAAGGAUUUGACGUCGACAUUAAAACUGCACUGUUAAUUCUGAUUUUAUCAUGUGGUAGACUUAGAUGGCAUGUACUUUGUUGGUAAAGAUUCUCAUAUUUCUGAUUUCAUAUUCAUUACGUAUAAGCUGAAUUAUUAUAUUAUAUAUCUGUGAUGUCAUAACAAACUUGUCUCAUUGGACUGUUUAUAUGGACGUGCCAACCAGGUAGAGGGUUAAGGCUUAAUGGAGGGAGAGAUGUGUGCAGGAGGGAAGGAGGAUAUGUUUUUAUGGGAAAUUUCUGUCAGGUGUUUUCAUGAUGGUGAGAAAUAGAGCAACCGGGUGUAGAUCAAAGAGAUAACAUGUAAAGAUAGUCUAAGAUGACUUUCUCGGAUAAUAGGGCUUUAGCUAAUAAGGUGGGAUGUCAAGCGAUUUUGUGUAUCACAAGAAAGGCAGAUUAAGCACCUUAUUGGCACGAAGAUCACCAAGGAAAGAAGUGAUUUUUUUAUUAGAGAAACAUUUUACUUGACCAUUAUGAGAAAUUAAUGAACCAUUUAAACCGGCCAAUAAGGACUUAAGGGGAAGAGUUUAAAAAAGUGUAUAAGUAGCAAAAGAGGUAUUUUUGGAUGAAGGUUGUUGAACCAGCAUAUUCUUGUGGAUUAGAAAAUUUUCAUUGGGUAGAUAGAGAAGGAAAAGAGGAUUUAGGGACAUUGAAGUUGACGAAGGAUUGUUAAUUUAUAUGUGUAAGUCAAAGGUCAACGUUAAAUUGUGUCAGAUUGUGCUUGGUUCAGAAUCUAGUAUGAUUAUGCAUGAAUAAGUAUUUUGUGUUUGUGAAUUCAUGACUCAUAAUGUCUAAGUCAAAGUUGCUAUUUCCAUGUAUGAGA